GUUUACUGCAGUUUUGGUCGGAGGAAUUUAUCCCACUAGGGCAGAGGCGCAGUUCCCCACGUCACCUUUCCUUUAAAGGACCCGGGAAGCCACGCCCACUACGGAAGGCGAAAGGGCCUCAAGGCCGAGCUCGUUCACGGGCUCCAUCCAGACAUUACCAAUCGCCGACUCAGGUCCAGGUAAUGUUAAAAAGUGAGGGGCUCGGGCUGCGAGGGGCCUGCGGCGGGUGAGGCGGCCUCAGGGGACGUGCGGAGGAAGCGGCGCUGCGCUCGGCCGCGACCCCGGAAGGUCAGAGCCACCCCGACCCGCCAAGCAGAGGGUGGGGAGUUCUCCCAGACCCUGCUGCGGCCCGGGGCUUCAGCCGGGCUCGAAGGCAUUUUCGGGUCCUGGCUGGUGCCCAAGAUCCCAGAGACGCCGAACGCGAAUGAGACGGUGGCCUACGGUGCCCUCCCCGUUCCGCCCCGCUUCGCAUUUCGGCCCCUUUUCUCGACCGCACGCUGCACGCCCCGUUCCUCUCCCGGGGCGGGCGUGGCCUCCGCUGCGGCUCGCGAUCGUCCAGCCCCACCCGGAAGCGCUCGCGGCCGCGAUCUAGCUGCGCGGAGGGCGCCUGCGCCUGCGCAGAAAGGCCGGCCGGUCCCUUUGCUGCCAGCUGUCAGUCACCGCGAAUCCUCUGUGACACCCGUCGUGGGGAUGGCUGCUUUUCUUCUAAAGAGGUUAAUGCUACAAACUGUGAAAACUGAAAAUAAUUGUAUCAGAAGAUGUUUUAGUAAACACGUCAUGCAGAAAACAACCCCAGUACAUUUGACCCUGAUUGCUUCUGCCCCAAGACUGACCUACCUAAUUCACACAAAAGGUUUUAAUCCUGCUGAAGACACCCAGGAUGAAAAGAAAAAGAAAAAAAAGAAUGAUACCACUUUUACUAACAUCGGAAGGAAAAUUAGUGAGCGUAUCAUUCGUGUGAUUGAUGAGCAGGGCAGUGACUUGGGAGUCAUGCACCGGGCAGACGCGAUCAGACUCAUGGAUGAGCGAGGCCUGAGGCUGGUGCAGAGGAGUGCCACCUCAGAGCCCGCGGAAUACCAGCUUAUGACAGGAGUGCAAAUCCAUCGGGAACGGCUCAGGCUCAGAGACAGCAAAAAGGCCAGACCAAAAACUGGACCAACCCUGACAAAGGAAGUAACUUUUUCGUCAAAUAUUGGACAACAUGAUUUGGACACAAAGAGUAAACAGAUUCAACAGUGGAUUGAGAAAAAACAUCAAGUUCAAAUUACCAUAAAGAAAAGAAAAAACACAGAUGAGCCAGAAAAUAAAAUGGAGGAGAUACUUAACCAAAUACUCCAGACAAUGCCUGAAACAGCCACCUUCUCAACCAGGCCACAAGCCAUUAAAGGAGGAACAGCCUUAACAUGUGUUCUUCGUCAUCUGAGCAAGAAAGAAGAGAAGACACAUAGAGAGGCUCAAGAGACCCAGCAAAGAGACACUUUGAACAAAGAAAAUGGAAAUGACAGGGAAUCAGAUGUUCUCCAUCAGUAAUUUUAAUAAAGAAAAAUAGGUUUUUUAAGUUCUGGUUUUUUUGUUUGUUUUUUUUGGUGGGACUGGAGUUUGAACUCAGGGCUGCA